CUCAUUCUACUUACAUUUUUACCUCGAUUUAACUUCACGUUGCAUACUUUAAGGAGUACCCAAACUAAUGAGAUACUUUUCGGCUUAUGGGGUCAGGUCUGUUGUGCUCUACAUAUCGCCGCCCGUUGGCUGUCCAGCCGGGUCAGUGUCAUUCGCUUUGUUUUUAUCAGUCAAAGGGAACCGCAGACCUCAAAAGUUUCAAUGUUUACUACUGGUCGCAAAAAGCUUUUCGCAGAAGACAGACUCGAGUAUUUAAUAUUGGAUCAGCAUUGGAACUAAACGGGGUCUUAGUAUGGACAUAAGCGAUGUGGAACUAUCCCUGGAGGAAUCGCCCAGCUCGGAGGGGAGUUUCUCAAGCACUGCAACGGGACAGUGCUGCAGCUCCGGCAGGGAUUUGGAGAAGGCGGAGAACUUGGUUGAGCCAAAAAAUCUCAAUGAAGUGGAGGCAGCGCAAGGAAAGCCAAGGAAAUCAGUCAGCGAUCUAUCGGGUGGCAAUAGCUAUGCCACAAAUAAAAAUGUGGCUGAAGGCCUCAUGGAUAUAGCUCUUCUCUCCGCGAAUGCCAACCAACUGCGAUUCCUGAUCACCUACAACGACAAGGCCUCCACCUACAUAUACAGCCUGAUUCUGGUGAUACUCUCGUUGAGCCUGCAGCUGCUCGUAGGUCUUAUGCUUAUUUUUAAAAGACGUCUUAAGCGCUGUCAGCGUCGGCGCUAUGCGAGAACCAAUGAACUACUGGUAAUGGGAGUGUUCAUGAUCACCGUGAUCAAUAUACUGCUGGCAGCCUUCACCACAACGGACGGAAAUACGCAUUAGAAGAGAAUGGUUUUUGAAAUAUACUUUUAGAUAUAUAUGUAGUUGUAUUUGAUACAAUAUAACAGGAAAAACUAGUUAGUAAA